AUUAAUUGAAAGAGUACAACAUCAAGUUCAUGUUUUAUAAAUACACAGCUAGGGUUAGGGCUCUGCAUAUCCAUUCCAAGGUUUGAGAGGUUUUUGAAGGGAAAAAAGAGGAGAAGAAGAAGAAGAAGAAGAAGAAGCAUGAGGAAGCGGCAAGUGGUUGUGAGAAGAGAAGAGCCUCAGAGAAGUGUUAGGAGUGUGAAGUAUGGUGAGUGCCAGAAGAAUCAUGCAGCAAAUGUUGGAGGUUAUGCUGUUGAUGGUUGCAGAGAGUUCAUGGCGAGUGGUGGAGAAGGAACAAGUGCUGCUCUCACUUGUGCUGCAUGUGGCUGCCACAGGAACUUCCACAAGAGAAUGGUGGAAACUGAAGUUGUGUGUGAGUGUUCCUCACCUCCCUCCAUUGGCACAUGACAGCUUUUUAUACAUACACCUCAACAAUUAUGCAACUAUUCCUCUCUUGUAAUAUAUUUUGUGGACUUAAUUUGCUUUUACUUCUUAUUAUUCAGCUUUUACCACACUUCUGAACUGCUAUAUCAAUAUAUAUAUAUAUAUAUAUAUAUAUGUUCUAGAGUAGAAACCAUGUGAUUUUGAUUUUGAGGUUGAUGUGUCUAAAGAGAAAAGACAAAGGUAAUGACAACUCACAAGGUUGUUUUUCUGAUGUAUGUCUGAAACUUUCAUCAUCUUCUCUUCUUACAUA